AUGGCCGCAUAUAAGGCCAAAAAACUGGGCAAAAGUGUUGUACUGAUAGAGCCGGGCAGACAUCUGGGAGGUGUCACAUCUGGUGGGCUCGGGUUCACUGAUUACGGCGAUAAGUCUGCGAUCAUUGGUUUAGCCAAAGAUUUUUACCUAAGAGUUGGUGAGAAAUACGGCAAAACCACCGAAACGUAUACUUUUGAGCCACACGUCGCAGAAGUGGUCUAUAAUUCAUACAUAAGUGAAGCAAAUGUUAGCGUUUUGUUUGACUCGAGAAUUAUUUCGGCAAAAAUUAUCGACAAAAAAGUCGAUUCAAUAGUUGUCGGGAAGUCAAGUGAUCCGCAGAAUAGCACUAAUGUUGUCAUUACGGCUAAAAUGUUUAUCGAUUGCAGUUAUGAGGGCGACCUCAUGGUCAGGGCUAACAUCUCAUAUACUUUUGGCCGAGAAGCCAACGCUGUGUACAAUGAAAGUCAUGACGGCGUACAGAUGCUAUCGGGUCAUCAGUUUCCCGAUGGUAUCGAUCCGUAUGUAAUCCCCGAUCUAAUGCCUAACCAUAAGACAGACUUCAAUAAUGAGGGUCCGUUUAGUACUGAUAUGAUUGGUAUGAAUUAUGAGUACCCGGACGGCUCUUAUGAAACCCGAAAUAAGAUUAUUAAACAACACGAAGACUACACCAAAGGAUUCCUAUAUUUCGUAGGACACGACCCACAAGUGCCCCAACCCUUGAGGGACGAGAUGUUGACGUGGGGUUACCCUAAGGAUGAGUACAAAGACAACAACCAUUGGACGCAUCANUUAAUCAAUGCAAUGGAAAGGGUUAGCGAUAGGAAUCGGUUAAUUGGCUUUUCGUGUGGAAAACAGUUUGUAAUGACUCCUAUGAUUGCAUUCAGAAUUGCUAUAAUUAAUGUCAACGGAAGUGUACCCAACUAUUACAUGGACUGCACUCAGUUUGUGGGCGACUUAAGUUUAAAGAAUUGA